CGCAGUGUACUGGCAUAUUACGUGUUGAUGUAAGCGAGCUAGCCAAAGAAACAGUCCAGACAUAGUAAUACAUUUGUCGUAAAGCAGUAUAUUUGUAGUUAUUACAUUGGGAAACGGUAGAGUUGCUAUUCAUUGCAGAGAAUACGUUAAACACAAUGGGCUUCACUGGGAAUGUGUUACUUUGUCGGAGUUCAUACGAUUGAAAGAGGAAUGACAAUGACAGUUUCCCUUUCUGUGAGAGGAGGCUACACUGGAAUACAGCUGUUCUGGGACCCAGAACGACCACAGCCCGAGUGACAGAGGACUUGCAUUGUGGAGCUUUUGGGGAGAGAACUAGUAGCAGGCAGUACACUUGGGUAAAGAAACACUAAGGCAAGGUGGAGAUGUUUGCCAAACUGAAAAAGAAGAUUGCUGAGGAGGCUGCCACUGCCCCCCGGACCGGAGUCCGCAUGCCUCGCUCCUGCAGCAAAGAGUCCAUUACGUCAGUGGGGGCAGACUCCGGGGAUGAUUUUGCUUCUGAUGGCAGUAGCUCCAGGGACGACCUCUCCUCCCAGAUCCUCAGAAGGAAUGAUCAGAUUCGCAAGCUGGAGGCCAAACUAUCAGGCUACGCUGAGCAACUCCAACUUAUGCAGAAGACCAAGGACAAGCUUGAAAUUGCAUUAGAAAAACAUCAGGAUUCCUCCAUGAGGAAACUGCAGGACCAGAAUGAGACUCACCAGACCAAUAGAGCCAAAAUGGCCGAAGGCAUGGCUUUGGCCCUGGACAAGAAAGAUCAGGAAUGGAUGGAAAGGAUGGCUACGCUAGAUCAGGAGAAGGCAGCUCUGUCUGUGCGGCUAGAUGAGAUGAUGGAGCAGAGCCUCACUCUGUUCCAGAAGAGGGAUGACCUGGAUGAGCUGGAGGGCUUCCAGCAGCAGGAGCUCGCCAAAGUCAAACACAUGUUACUGAGGAAGGAGGAGCAGCUGGGACAGCGGGAGCGAGAGCUCCAGCAGAAGGAGGCCGAGCUGCAGACGGCCAAGAAGGGUUUGGCCGAAGCCCAGGAGAAGCUGCGGGCUCUGGGAGAGGAGCAUCAGGAAAGUUGUAGGCUCAACACCGAGCUGGAGAUCGAAAGAGAGGAGCUGCUGGAGGUCAGGGAGGAGGCUGAGAAGAAGAUCGCUGAGCUGGAGGGCAGAGGCCAGAACCUGCAGAAGGUCAUCCAACAGGUGUCUGAGGACUUCCAGAAGUCGCGGAGCGCGGAAGCAGCUGUAGAGAAGUCUCUCCAUACCUUACAAACAGAGCACAAUGCCCUGAAGCUGCAGCAACACAAGGCAGCAGUGACUGAUGAGGACAAGGAGCGUGUGCUGCUGGACCUGCAGGAGAAGGUCUCCUCUCUGGAGAGACGUCUGCAGGGUAACCUGAGUGAAGACGAGCUCCUCCAGGAGCUGCUCAAAGAGAAGUCCACUCUGGAGCGGAGGCUGGAGGACAUGAGAGUGGAGCUGCUGCAGGCACGCACCAACCAUGCAGACACGGUUAGCUCACUGGAGACUCAGAUAUCCAGAAUCAACAACAAUGUAACUGAACUACAGAACCUGCUACGACACAAAGACGACUCUUCCAAGAACUACAGAGAGAGAACGGACGCACAGAUAGCAGGUCUGGAACAGCAGGUGCAGGAGAGCAACGAGAGGCUCAAGAACACUGAGCAGCAGAUCACCGACAAGCAAGCACGCCUGGACGAACUGCAGGCAGAGUGGAGUGUGGAGAGGGACAGUCUGCAGCAGCAGGUGUCUGCAGAGCGGCAGCAGGGCCAGGAGAGGGCAGGCUGGAUGGAGGAGCAGCUCUCUGCACUGCAGACAGAGAAAGACACAGAGCACACCUCUGCCCAAGCUAGGAUUAGUGAGUUGGAGGAGGCGAGAGGAGCUCUGCUGAGAGGGAGGGAUGAAGCUGACGUGGCUUUGAGGAGACGGGCAGAGGAGCUGGAGCAGGCCAGGUCGGAGCUGAGCAGUAGGCAGACAGUGAGUGUGGAGAUAGCGAUGGCUCUGGAGGACACCAGGAGACAGAAGGAGGAGCUCCAACUACAGGUAGGACAGAUGACGACAUCACUUCAAACAACAUCGCAGGAACUGGCCCACGUCACUGAGCAGUUGAAGCAGAGAGAGGAGGAACUCCAAACACUUCGCAAUGAGUUGCAGAGGGCCCAGAGCUCCCUGUCCCAGCUGCAGGACGAGGGGGAGAGGCUGCGGGCAUGGGCCCAGAAGAGGGAGGAGGAGAAGGACAGCCAGCUGGUCAGCCUGAGGCAGGAGCUCCUCACCCAGACCGAGCAUCUGGAUUCCUGCCAGUCACGGGUAUCUGAGCUGGAGGUGGAGGUGGAGACCCUGACGUUGCAGCUGCAGACUCCAGAGGUGUGUGAACCGGACCAGAAUGGGACCGUGGACGACCUGGACCACAUGCAGAAGGCCAACAGAGACCUGGAGCAGCAGCUUAGUGACAAGAACAAGACCAUUAAGCAGCUGCAGCAGAGGCUAGCUGAGCUGAAGAGGACCUUGCAGAAGGAGCUGAAGCUGAAACCUGAAACGGAGUUAGAGGGGAAGGAAAGGGCCCAGGAAGGGAGAGGAGAGCGGCAGGAGAGGCCAGACAGAACCUUCACUGAGCCCACUCCAGCCCCUGGCCCAAACACCACUGUCACCAACACUUCUGACCUCAAUGACUCACGAGAGAUCAACUUUGAGUACCUCAAACACGUGGUGCUAAAAUUUAUGUCGUCCAGAGAGGCUGAGGCCUAUCAGCUGAUCAGAGCGGUGUCUGUGUUGCUGAACUUCACUGGUGAGGAAGAGGACAUGUUAAAGGAGACACUGGAGUACAAGAUGUCCUGGUUUGGAUCCAAGCCUUCUCCAAAGGGUAUUGUUCGGCCGUCAGUUUCAGGGGCACCUGCUCACUGGAGCUGAGGGGACAGCGAGAGGAAGAGAUGUGGAGAGGACAGAGACACACAUGACUUUUAUCAUGUCCUUGCAUGAUGUCUCCCAUCACUGUGGUAACCAACUGAACAUUGUGAAGAGGACACUACCUAAGCUUUAAAACGGUUUCUGACGUGACACAGAUUCCUAUAUAGCUCUUCAAUCUCCUUAAAGGACUUUUUUCUUGCUCUUCAAGAGGACAGAGAAGGGCUCCACAAUGACUUGGAGAGGCUGUCUUGUUUUAUGGUCUGUAAAAAACGUUUUGGGGUGUGAUUUUAUUUACAAGUAAAAUGGUUAAAGCAGACAUGGGAUUGCUGCGUUGAUAAAUGUUAACCUUAAAGGGAUACUUCAGGAUUUUGGCAUUUAUCUACUUCCCCAGAGGCAGAUGAACUCAUGGGAUACAAUGUCUAUGUCUCUGCAUCCAUUGUGAAGGAAGUUAGAGGUACUGUAGUUUUGUGAUCCAAUGCUAACUAGCGUUGAACAAUGACUGGAAGUCUAUGGUAUUUACUAGCAUGCUAGCAGUUACCAUAAACUUCUAGUCAUUGCGCAAACGUUAGUUAGCAACUGCGCUAACGCUAGGUACCCCUUUAAGAGUAACCCUUCUCCCUCUUGGAAUUAAGUUAACAUGAGAUCUUUGAUGCAAACAGUACAAGUAUGUCUUACGGAAUUCAGCAGGUGUUAACAGAGUGGGAUGGGUCAGGCCUACCAGACUGUCACGACUCUGUUUGACAGAGAAUUUUAUUUAUUAUCUCUGUGCUCCAAUGUCUCUGUUUUUUCUUUAAUUUAGAUGUAGAAAAUGGUACUUGCUGCCUAAUAACUACCUAUGGUCUAUGGCUGGGAAAGGGAUCUUGUUGGAUUGCGAGUGCAUGAUAAUAAUAACCUUGUAAAUGCUACCACCCCAAUCAACCGCUCUUCAGUUGAAUGGAUCCCACCAAGAUUUCUGAAGGACCCUUCACAACAGUAUUUCAUUUGGUUCUUUCCUACAACAAUAUUAAUUCUGGGGGCUUGUGUAGAAAAAUAUCAUGUUAGAAUGAGAACUAGAAUGAGAAGGUUUGCUGUUCUCUGAAGGGGAGGUGAGAGCCAUACAUCAAUGGUGUUGAUAUCAAUGGAAAAAAUGUAUGUUAUGUAAAGAGGAGAGGAGUGACUCUUAAUAUAAUGUUGAUUAAGUAAAUAAUUAUUGAAAGAUAUCUAAAUAAGAAUUAUUGGAGGAUGUGCUCUACCUUUACCUGCCUUGUGUUUGUGUAAAUGACAUUCCAUAUGUCUAUUUAUAUAUGAAAACUGUACAUAUGCAUUGAGAACUUUAUAAAUCACUGGAUGUAAAUUAUUUUUGUUUCACCUCUUGCAGCAUUUUACACCAUCUGUCUGUCCAUGUUGCCAGUCUUGGCUUGAUGCUCUGUCUCACUUGCAUCCUGCAAGAAGUGACCCUUUUUAUGAGCUUACAAUGUGAGGGCAUUAACAUUGUACUGGAGGAAAGCCCAUUGAGUACAGUAUGAAUGCCUUAUACCAGAAUGCAUUGGAUCUCUGUAGAGGAAAACCUGUCUCCCUACAUUCUAAAUAGAAUGUGAACCAGGUGUGAAAUCUCCAUGUGUCUGGUGACGUUACAAUACUGUAGCAUUUGUUGUCACAUUCAUCAGGUUUCUGUGGUCAGUCAACCCUAGGGCUUUAAACUUUCUUAAAAUGGACAUGAUCUACAUUCAAUUAUAAAACACCACACUUCAUUAACAGUGACCUGUUAUUGAAUAAUACCGGGUAUCACACAAGUUUAGAAUUCUGUAUGGACUCCAGUAAGGGCUUGAAAGCAAUCUGCCUGAAGUAGUUAUAUAUAACUACAACAUUAAUAUCACAGCACAGGUGACUAUGACUCCACUGAUCAAUUUACUGCAAGGUCACUAUCAAAAACCUGAUGCUCUUUUGAACCUUCUGUUUGAUCCCGCUAUGUGUUCAACUCUGGUUUUUAACAAAUAAAUAAAAUAAAUCAC